UGUGACAUGUUGGCCGCGCGUCUUUCCAGUGUUGGCGGGUGUUUGUUGACUGCCAGACCGGGAGAGGUUCGCCUCACGUUUUCGUGCAACGUUCUUUACUAGUUGUAACCGCGUUCGCUUAGAAAUAACAACAAGAUGUCUCACUUGGCCAGAAGUAGAAGAUGUGACGGAAACAACACUGAACUGGAGGACAGGUCUCAUGGCCCAUCACGGUGGUCUCACUGCAGAAAACGUGGCAUUGAUGGAAGCUUGCGGUCCAAGAGAGGUGAUGACGAUGGCGAAGAUGACACUAACAACAGAAAUGCCAGUUUUACCACUCCAGAAAGCAGAGGCCCAGUGUCUCGCAUUGCUCGACGGGCUGACUGGGGCAGCCAGGUGGAGGAUGACGAGAUGAGAAGAGAUGUGCAGAGGGACAUGCAGCGUUACAGGAGGAGGAUACUCGCUGCAGAAGGCACCCAAAGAGAGAGAAAGACAUCUUCUGGCUCUUCUGGCAGCUGUGACUCCAAAGAGGGAGACAACGUGGAAAUGGAUGAGGCUGUGUUGCUACGACGACAGAAACAGAUCAACUACGGCAAGAAUACACUGGCUUAUGAUCGAUAUGUCAAGGAAGUUCCCAAGCACAUGCGACAGCCAGGUGUUCAUCCUAAGACUCCCAAUAAGUUCAGGAAAUACAGUCGCCGUUCCUGGGACCAGCAGAUCAAGCUGUGGAAGGUUAAGCUACAUGCGUGGGACCCACCAACAGAAGAGGGAGGAGAAGUCAAUGCCAGUCAUGUAGAAGAGCUCCAUUUUGAGGACGUCAUGGACAUUGAAAUCGACUUUCCUGUAUUAUCAGAUACUGGGAAUGGUACAUGCUCGUUCAGCACUCACAACCUGUCAGUGGAGGAUGAUGACUGCGCAGGAACUCCAGUCAAAAUGCAGAAGACCGAAACCACAGCGGAGCUUGACAUGCUCUAGCUCUCUAGCUUAUUGUUCGCCUUGUCAAAUGUUCGUACACAUCUCAAAUUGUCUACUUUCAAUCCCCCAACAGUAAAUCUUUAGUUUUUUUUCUAUCAUUAAAGCCUCUGUUCCAGUUAUUAACUACUUGAUUGUCACAUGCACUCUCAGCAGUGACUUACGAGAACAUAGUUUUUUUUUUUAAACAAAUAACUCAGGGACUUUUUCUUUACAGUAUUAUGUCGGUUAAUUGGUUUUCUGUGUUUUUGUUCAUAUAUGCACUUGGAGCACACAAUGUUGUGGACUGUGGGGGGGGGGGCAAGUUUAAAAAAUGAUUUCCUGAGAAUGGUUCAAUGUUGUAAAGCGUGAUUUCAGUGUACAAUUUUAAAAGUGGGAGGUUAUUGGGCUGUUAAUUUUGGGGGAGUUUUUUUUAUUCAUAGAAAUGUCAUAUUUUGUAAUGUUUGCUUCUUGGUAAAGACUUAUUAUUAAUAAAAAAAUUGUUACCAUGUUGAAUAA